CCGGAAACGCGUAAGCGUUGUUGAACGACCCCCGCUGCGGUUGCUGCUGUUGCUAUUGCUGCUACUCAUUGUGCAGCCGAGGUAACGUCGGUAGCUUCCGACGAGGUCGGUAUGAAAUGUCAGAAAGUGCCCGUGUAACGGAAGCGCAGCGAUUAGGUUACGUUGGUGUCGCACAUAUAUUUUAUGACCUGUUAGAGUGAGGUGUUCAGGAGUAUAUCCGCAGGAGAAAUAUAACUGUCGUUUUAUCACAUACAAGCAAACAAACACCAACACGGGCCGGGUUGUGUGUCCAACAACAGGCAGCGGAGGAAGACUGCAGGUUGACGCGCUGUGGUGGAAUUACCCGGAGAAAGGUUGAGAGACAAGUUGGAGGUGGAGGUGGAGGAGGCGGAGAACUUCACUUGGAUGCCACAGUCGGAGCAUCUGUCCUAGGUUUCACCAUGAACCGAAACAAGCGCGAGAAGGAGUACUACAGUAUAGAUGUGGGCGAUUCAACUUUCAUGGUUUUAAAGCGCUACCAGAACCUCAGGCCCAUUGGAUCCGGGGCACAAGGGAUUGUAUGUUCUGCGUACGACCACAUCCUGGAGAGAAAUGUGGCCAUCAAGAAGCUGAGUCGGCCUUUUCAGAAUCAAACCCAUGCGAAACGGGCCUACAGAGAACUGGUGCUCAUGAAAUGUGUCAACCAUAAGAACAUAAUCGGAUUAUUAAAUGUAUUCACGCCGCAAAAGACACUGGAAGAAUUCCAAGAUGUGUAUCUCGUGAUGGAGCUGAUGGAUGCCAACCUGUGCCAGGUUAUUCAGAUGGAGCUGGAUCACGAGAGGCUGUCCUACCUGCUCUACCAGAUGCUGUGCGGAAUCAAACACCUACACGCUGCAGGCAUCAUACACAGGGACCUGAAGCCCAGUAACAUUGUGGUCAAAUCUGACUGUACUUUGAAGAUCCUGGACUUUGGUCUGGCCAGAACGGCGGCUACAGGUCUCCUCAUGACACCCUACGUGGUGACCCGCUACUACCGUGCUCCUGAGGUCAUCCUGGGUAUGGGCUAUCAGGCCAAUGUUGAUGUCUGGUCUGUUGGCUGCAUCAUGGCCGAAAUGGUCCGGGGUAGUGUGUUGUUUCCAGGCACUGAUCAUAUCGACCAGUGGAAUAAGGUCAUAGAGCAGCUGGGGACACCAUCUCAGGAAUUCUUGAUGAAACUUAACCAGUCGGUGCGGACGUACGUGGAGAACCGGCCGCGAUACGCUGGCUACAGCUUUGAGAAGCUCUUCCCUGACGUCCUGUUUCCUGCAGACUCUGAACACAACAAACUGAAAGCGAGCCAAGCCAGAGACCUGCUGUCCAAGAUGCUGGUUAUUGAUGCGUCUAAACGGAUCUCGGUGGAUGAAGCUCUCCAGCACGCCUACAUAAACGUGUGGUACGACCCGAGUGAAGUAGAGGCUCCACCACCAGCGAUCACAGACAAACAACUGGAUGAAAGAGAGCACACAGUGGAGGAAUGGAAAGAGUUGAUAUACAAAGAAGUGUUGGACUGGGAGGAGAGGACAAAGAACGGCAUCAUCCGAGGACAGCCGGCCUCGAUAGCACAGGUGCAGUAGUGCGCGACGGCGCCCACCAGCACCCCCUUUCUACAUCCUACUCCUCCUGCAACGACAUCACCUCCUCCAUGUCUUCUGCCCUGACCCUCACUGGACGCCCACCUGAAGCUUGAGGACAGCCCUCAGGGCUGUUGCAGAUGACUAUCAUCUCCACUGUCUGCUUUUGGGCGGAGUCAGGAACCCUCUGGUCACCUGUGUGACCCCUGCCCCUCUUCCUCCUCUCUGUGGUUGUCUUCAGUAGUGUAGUGAUUAGCCAGCUAGCUGUUUUCUGAAAGGAAAGAUUUUAUUUUAUUUUAAACUCUUUUAUUUUGAAAUCAGGAUUUGCCUUUAUAGUCUGAGCUGUAAUUUAUUGUGUUAUUUCUUAAUUUUCUUUCAUGAACCUAAGAUGAUAAGAGAAUUUUUAUGAUUUUACUACGUUAUGGUUAAUCGACAGUGAGAAUUUAAAGAUAUAUCUGUAAAAAGGUUUAAAUGUGAUCUAUUUUUCUUUUUUUUCCUUUCUUUCUUACAACUUGCCAUAUACAUGCAGAUGGAGUUUGUACAGAUUUUAUGCUAGAUGUAGUUUUAUCUUCUUGGAUUUUGCAGUGAGCCAUUCAACAUUAUUUAAGUUUUCCCUUUUUUGAUUUUAAGCAUAAUAUGGAUAUUGAUUAUAACAUUUAUUUCAUUUUUAAGGCAAACUGAGGUCCCGUAGAUUUAUUUUAUAUUUUGAGUCAUUAGUACAGCAUCAUUGUAAAUUCAUCAUAAUGACAUUUUGUAAUUUCCUUAUAUUUAACUUGCUGUUCAAUCUUCAAACUUACACCAUUUGAUUCUUUUUGCAAUCUACACCUAAGGUCUUGGAUUUAAAAAUGUCAGUGACAGUGAGAAACUUGGGAAUGUUUUUGAUGACUUUCUUAUACAUUUUUAAGUGCUUUAAAAAGUAGACAGUUUGUGUGACGUGUAAGAAAUGAAAUGAUGGAGUUGUUGAGGACUGGAGCUCUUCUUCAACAGGGUUCCUUCGAGGUUCAGGACUUAGGAAUGUGUUUGGUUGUGUUUAGGGAUUCUGUUCGAGAAGUGAAGUGAUGCAUUGGUUGUGAUAAUGGUGAUGGUGUUGAGUAGGAUGUCCUUAGUCAAGUAGGGAUUUAUAAUAUUGAGGGUCAGUGAAUGUGUUGAUAUUUUCAGAGGGAUUUUGGAGACAUUGCAGACAUUGUCAAAACGAUGCAAAGAGAGGAGGCAGCGUAGCCAAGGUUGACGUCCGCAGUGGGGCAGUUACCAAUUUUGGCUAAAAACUUCUUGGUGCGUUGUCACUUUAAAAUGUCAAAGUUGCUUUUCAAUAGCAGGAGCAACUGUGUUCAUAAGACUUCUCUGAAUAUUUCAGUACUACUUGUCGAAAGGUAAAUGUACAAUAAGUAAACGCGAUAACACCAAAUCUGGGUGGGCAUGGUUUGGUUUUUGCUGGUUAUUUUGGUCACACUCUAUAGAUUGUUCUUUACAGAUUGAGACUUUACAGAAUAAUUCAGCAGAGGGCGCUAUAAUCACAACUCAAUCUACUUUUGACCCAUCAUAUCAAACACCUUGAUGCGAUGUUGUUUGGCUGUUAGCAAGCAAGGUUAACAAACCUACCUUUUUUUUUAAAAUUACAGCCAACAGUACGAGUCUUUUCCAAAGUAGCUGAGCUUGCUUUCAGGCAGUUUAUGCCUCUGUGCCUGUGCAGGAAAUGUGUUGUGGACAUAUAGAGUCUAGUGUGUUGUACACACUUGGUUUAGCUUGAUUUUUUUUUGUUUAAGUGAUUUAAGUGACAGCCCUAGAAAAUAUUUUAUCUGCUAUUUUCUGUACCAGAUCCAGUUAUUACUGAUACUUACUCCUCUUAUAAGCUUAACAAUUAAAGUAAAAUUAACUUUUUUUAAUUGGCCACACAUUUUUCUUAUCAGAUUUGGCUGCAAAUGUUGAUUUAAAAAAAAAAAAUCCUGGCAUGUGAAACAGCAGCACAAACGAGCUGAGAUAAUUAGACAUGAUUCUUACUGUAUGCAAUAAUAGUGCCCUUCUAAUGUUUGAGUUUUUUUAAUUCAAUGAAAAAAGUGCCUGUUGUUUGUCUUUCAUUCCUGAGUACAUGGGAGGGAAGUGUAGUCCUUACGUGAACUGUAAGUCUUUACCUGGAUUAACAGCAGUCUUGUUCCUGUCAAACCAGUAAUACUGUUUGUGAUGGGAGUUUUCACAAAUGUGUUGUAUAUUUUUCUACUUUAUUUGUUUGGGUUUUAUUUGCUUUUAUUUGACCCUCAGGUCGUAAGCGGUGGUUUGAGAACGUAACGUUAUAUGCAGCCUGAUGUUUGAGCACAUCUUUGUGUCAUUUAAGGAGAAAAGGCAGGUUUUGCCAAGGUCUUUCAUCAAAGUAAAAAAAAGACAAAAAGACAGAGUAUUUAAUUGUAGUGGAGGCAAAGGAGACGUAGAAUCUAGGUUGCAGCUUUCUUUUUUGUUUUGUUUUUGUUUUGUUUUUUUUUUUGUUAAUUGUAAGUGAAUGGACACGUUUUUUUUUUAACCUAGGGAAUUUGAUGAAGAGACAACUGUUUUUGUCAAAUGGCUUUGAAUCAUGUUCAUUAGAAAAAAACUAAAUUGAAUGCAUCACCAAUGCAUUUCUAAGACUCAUAACUGAUAAGUAAAUUGCUGUGUUGAGUUGCGAGGACUUGCAUUUGCUCCUGUCACACAGAUUGUUGCACCAACUGUUAGUCUAUAGAUCUUGCAAGAGAAACAAAACAAAACCAAAACGACUUCUGCAAACUCACAAUAAAGAAGAAAGUAAAAAAAUGACUUCAUAAUUGACCACAGUCAUUUUAGGAACUUUGGUAUUUAACUUUUUAUUGAUGAUGUUCACCUUUAUCACAAUAACGAUUGAGUCUGGAAUUGGUUGUAGGUUGACUAUAUAAACACUAGAUUAGAUUACAGUAGUAAUUUAAAUUAUGUACUCACCACUGCUGAGUACCAAACCGAUACUUCUUGAGGUUGGCUUUUAACAAAUAAGCAACGGACUCAAAGGCAGCGAUAUAUAGUUGUCAAAUCCCCACAUUCUCAUAUGUUUGACAUCGGUUCUGGCGGGGUUAAAUUUAUUUGGGCAGAGCAAUGACCAGUACAACCAAAUACUAGCCAAACAGAGGCAAAAAAAAAAGAAGUAAUUGACUUUUGUACAUAAUUCUAUGAACAAUUGGCAAGUCAUUGUGCGUUUAAACACAAUCAAAACUUGUAAUGGCUUCCCCACACUAGUACUUAUGUUAGGACACCUUUUUCCUUCACAUAAGUUCAUUUCAUUUGACUUGACAGUUGGUGCAACAUGUGGUGACCAGCGUUGAUAAAAGGGCGGUAGUUGUUAUUGUACAUCGAGAGUUGGCUCAUUAGCUGGACCGUUCCUCAUCUUAAAGCAGCAACUAGUUCAGUCUGACGGCAGUUAGUGGGCAUGGUAACUACAACAACUUAUUACUACAGUGGUAAAUGUGUAAUGAAUUGCCACGACAGUUGAAAGAGCAGCAAGGAGAACAACUGUGACAUUGGUUGUUAUUAUAUUAGCACAAAUGUUUCUCUGUUUUCUAAAGUGCUGUUGAUUUUCAUUCGCAUGAAAGAAGCUCCUUUAUUAUUACCACUGCGUCUCUGCAAACCACAUCAUUCUGAUCUAACGUGGGCUUUGAUGAACUACCUCACACUGAAUAUCUGCCCGUUCUCAGUGAACUCGUAUGUCGUCGCCUGCAGAGUUGUAGCUCAUCGGAGACGUGUGAAUAACAGAUUCCAUUAUUUAUUUAUUUGAAAGUGUACUGUGUGUCAGUUUCAACAGACUUCUAGUUGUGUACAUUAUGUAUACUCUAACCAGAAGUGAGAGAAUUGUGAAUUUAUUUCUUCUGUUCUCAAACUAAAUGUGCAAUACCUUCAGCAAACUGUGCUAGUAGUAUGUGAUUGGCCUAGCCUUUGUUAGCUGUCUCCUGGAGGUAAAGAAAAAUGUUUGGUACUGUCAAUCCAUGUUUUCCUACUUUUUUUUUUUUUUUUGUUAAUGAUCAAAUUUUAUUUCUGUGACUUCUGAUGAGACAAAUCUUUAAACCAGGGUUUGAGUCACAGCAGGGCAGACGGAGUAACGUGGACAAUAAUGUUAAUAAACACAGAAAGAUGACAAGUAAGUAACCUUAAAAGAAAUUGUUGUAUAUGUACGGUGCUGGUUUGUAAUGUUUGCUAGUGAAUCCAGCCAUGCAAGUAGAUUAAAGAAUUCCUGGAAUUGUGUGUUCCAAAAAAACUGCAACAAACGAAGAAGUGCACUACUAGAAUACACGCAGUGGGAUCUGAUGAUGCCACCUCUUUAAAAAUAUAAAUAUAUACAAGAAAUGAAUGAAAACAUGUACUGCAAAUAUAAAACACUUCAAUUCACUGU